AUGAACACUGAUGAACAACAUAAAACUGAAGGAAUGAACAUUGAAGAAGUAAUUAAAUAUGCCUACGUUGAAAUGGAUUCAAUUGAAAAUAAAAACAAAGCUAUUAUGAGUUUUAAUGGAACAAAAGUCGGAAAAAAUGAAAUCAUGGUUGUUACUAAACGUAUAAAUGUAGCAGGAUUUAAUAAACGUGUUCCAAAGAAUGCUCAAAAUCCAACACAAUCCCGUCUUACUGAAAUCUCAACAGAAAAUAAUGAUGUUAAAGAAUCUGAAAAGCAAAUAGAAGAUAAAGAUAUUAUAGAGUUAGAAAAAUCAACAAAGAGUAAAGAUAUCAAAGACUUGGAAAAAUCAAAAGAAAAUAAAAGUAUUAAAAAACCACAAAGCGAAGAAAAAACGAAUAAGGUAGAUAAAAAAAAGAAAUCAAAAAUUAAUAUUGUAAACAACCAGACUGAUGCUUCAGAAGAAAGUAGUGAAGUUAUGGAUAACUUAGUUCAAAACAUUGUUUUUGGACUUCGUGGAAACCAAAAUACUGAAAAGGAUAAUUAA